UAUUUACUUCAUUAAAUCGCUAUGAAGCGUCGUCCAUAUCACCCAGUGCUGUAAUGUCUAAUACCCAGCAAUGAAAUCGUUACAGCUUUUGCACAGUAGUUGACAUCACGAAAUCACACUGAAUUCUGUGGAAAAUUAUUCGAAUUCGUUGGACUUGAUAAAUAAAAGCGUAAGAAUAAUUUCAUAAUGUUGACUCUGUAGUAAAAAGAAAAACAACUGGCACUAACUGGCAUUGAAGGUACUAACAUGGAGAGUGCACUGGGUGCAAUGAGCAACCCCCGGACACUGGUAGAUAAAUAAUUAAUAUCUCUAAUUUUUAAAUUUAUACACAUUAUGUUGUUCUUCAUUAAUGGUAAUCUAAUCAUCAUUGUUGAUACUCAGGGAAAGAAACAUCAACCAGUACGAAUAUCUAUGGCACAUUUCACAUGUGAACCAGGUUCUCGUAAUGCAUCAUCAAGUCGCAAAACUAUCAGACAACCAAUUCGUAAUAUUCAUAAACUGCUUGAAUCGCCUAAGAGAAAUGCCAGAAAAAGGCUAGAUAAUUUGUAUGGUUCCCCAAAAAAAAAAGAUUUGAUCAACCCAGGGAUAAUCAAGGCUCAGGAACUCAGUGUAAAGAAAUUAGCUCCUAAGAUAACAGCUGUAACUCCAAGGAAGACUGAUCAAAAAACAUCAAAAAAAUCUUCAAUUCAGCAUACUACAAACACCAGACAGAGUAGACUCAUACAACCUGGAACUAUAGCAGGCUCAUUUUUGAAAAGACAAAGUUUAAUGGCAAGGAAUACUUCAGUUCGUCAAGCUGAUGGUAAUGUUCCACUGAUCAAGAAGAAACCCAAAGAUAAAAGCCAAUCCACUAAUGUGCUUAAGGAAUCCUUAGAACAUCAUGACAAAUCUCACAUUUAUGACGAUGUGUUUAAUUCACCUUCACCAAUUUCUGACGUAAACCAAUCGACUACCAAUGAGCAAGUUAUUAACGGCAUUAACUCGCCCAAUUCCCAUAACAAAGCGUCACUACUUGUGAACAUUCCAGAAGAAAAAGAGAAAUCUGAGUUAUGUCUCAAUUGUUCAAUGAAUAUUGCUGAUCGAGCUAAAAAUGUUUCUACAUUAAUUGACACAAGUAAUCAAAUUCUCGUAAAUUCAAAAUGUAUUGAGGAAGAUUUAGGUUCCAAAAGUAGUAAAAAGUUCGAAGCUGGCGAGAUAGAACGGCCAACGGUUAUCGUUAUGCAAAAGGAAAUAGCUGUGCCCCCACAAGAUAUCUUACAAGAUCUCCACCAAUCUAUGAAUGUAUCUUCUGUCGAUGGAUCGUAUACAGAAAUUUUGAAUCAGCGAGCAUCUAUGGAUUGUAAAACAAACGAAACGUUACUUUUUAAACGUAUGGAAACUGUUUGUUCUCGUUUGGCAAAUGCUGAAGCUAAUGAUUCCGAUGAAAUGAUCGAAUAUGCUUCGAGACUGAAAUAUAUGAAUUAUAAGGCGCUUCUAAUGCGGCAAAAACAUUUGACGGAAUGUAUCACCUUGUAUGAAAACAAUCUCAUAGGCCUGAAGCACAUGUUGGAAGGUGUGAAUGUGCAGUUGGCUAGUCAGGAGAAUGCCGAGCUUAAAACGAAGUUCAAUCGAUCCUCUGAUCUUCAAAGUGAAGAAUUAUCACCGCUUAUUUGUCAAAAUGCUGCAAAUAUGGCCAAGAAUUUAAAAACUCACCUAGCAGUAGGGGUUCUUACUGAAAACCACGAAACUAUAGUUGAAAACGCCAAAUGUAUGCAGGAAUCAAGCACCCCUAAGAUCAGUAGACAACGUCGAAGUAAAAGACGAUCGGUAAACGUAGAAUGUCAAUCAAAAGAAAAUGAUGCAACAGAAAAAUCGUCGGACGAUUUAGUGAAAAGUAGUCCCACAAUAGCAGUACCAGACAUCUUAGUGAAAAAUGUAGAUUCUGAAGAAAAAACACCUAUGCGACGCCGAUCGGCUCGUAUAGCAUCAAAAAACGCUAAUUUGACGAUAUCCGAUAAAGAAAAUUCACCUGUAAUAGAAACGAAGAAGAUAAAUGGUGCUCUGAAUAAGACUGUAACCUCUACACCUACCCUAGUUACCCCUGCUCGCAGAGGGAAUUGGGGUAGAAGAAGUGAACGUCCGCUACGAGAAUACAUGGUUUUAAAAUCAGCUAUGAAAUUUUUAAAUACUCCGGACUCCAGGCGAUAUCAUAUCGGACCUGAUGAAAAAGUUCAAAUUCGUGACUCUUUGGGAAAAGCCGAUGAAGAACUCCGUCUUACAGAUAAAUUGCUUAAAGAACUUCAUGAUUUGUAUGCAACUCCCUAGAUGUUCGUCAUUAUCGCAUCUAUUGAUAAUUUUUAUUUCUAAUGUGAUAUUGUAAAUGAAUGUCUACUUUUUUGUAAUGGUCAUGAAUAGGCCGUAACUUUUGUUGUUUAAUUUAUUCUAAUCUAUCUAAUUGUAUUCAUACGUGUAAUUUGUCUACUUCUGAAUAAAAUGCAUGAAUCUUACAUUUCAUAGACAGAAAUUCCUUUUCUUUUGGAACACUGAUUUGAUUGAUAAAUGUAUCGGAUUCAAAUCUGUAUCGUUUUGUUUGAGCAUGUUCGAGUACUGUUUUUUUUCUUUUCAACCAAAGGUAAGAUUUGCAAUAGACCAUGCCCCAGACAAACUUGGAUUGCCAUCUCUAUAGAAUCAAAAUCUAUACUAUCAAGCUUGUGA